AUGAUUUUUAACCAUAUUGAUAAAGAAUUGAUGGACAAAAACGAGGAACAACGAAUGUUAUUCUUGACAGAAUUUCGCUCACGUUACUUUAAGAGCACAGAACCAAAAGAAAAAGAUGUUUCAGAAUCAGUACCCCCUGUAAAACAAAACGCAGGACAAAGUCAAAGCACAUUACAAGGUAUGUUAGAAUCUACAAGUGUAUUUCGUCGACAAUUUAAGAUUGUGGGACAAAUUGGGCAGCCAAAUGAAAAAGACAAGUUGAGUUUCACAUCCCUGACAAGACAAAUUGACACUGGGGUUAAACAGGGGUACACAGAACAGGAAAUUGUGGACGGUGUUAUUCGUGCAAUUAAUGGUGGAAUAGUUCUUCGAAGUUAUGUAGAAACUUACAAGGAUCUAUCUCUAGAGCGGUUACGAAAAAUUCUUCGAAACCAUUAUGAUGUAAAAAGUGCAACUGAGCUAUAUCAAAGUCUUGCAUCAAUAUGUCAAGGGUCAAAGGAAACACCACAAGAAUUCCUUAUGCGUGCCUUGGAUUUACGCCAGAAAAUCCUGUUUUCAAGCACUCAAGAUCAAAGUGAGGACACUUAUGAAAAUGAUCAUAUUCAAAAGCUGUUUCUACGUACUGUUGAAACUGGCCUUCAAGAUGAAAAUGUUAGAGUAAGGGUUAGGGGGUACCUCAGAAACCCCACAAUAUCAGAUGAGGAGCUUAUUUUGCAAGUAAAUAAUGCAGUGUCGACAGAGAAUGAACGGGUAAGAAAACUAAGAAACCAGAACCGCCCAAAGCCUGCCCAGGUAGCAGAGAAAGCUGAGUCCCAAGAUAAAAUUCUAAAGACUCUGGAAGCACUGAAAGUUGAAGUGGCACAAGUUAAGAGUCAGUUGAAGGAUAUCAACCAAGAAACUGAACAAGCUCGAUUACCAAAUUCGCCUGCGCCAGUAGACACUAGAAACCAGAGAAGAAAUAUGCCUCCAAAAUGCUUGCAGUGCCAAACUAGUGGAAAUGACAAAUGCUCUCAUUGUUUCAUUUGUGGAAGUGACAAUCAUUUUGCAAUUGGAUGUCGACAGAAUCGUGGAAAGAAUACUUUAAACUCCAGGAGGCUGCCUCUCCGGGGCCAGAAGUAGCCGAAAAAAGUUUGCGGUUCCAACGAUGUAGUUAUUGUGGCAAGGACGAUGAUCAAAUGACAUUGUACCGUUGUGCACAAUGCAAAUGUAUAGUUUAUUGUUCAAAAAAUUGCCAGAAAAGACACUGGAAUGAUCAUAGGAACAAUUGUAAAACUCUUCGGGACCUGACAUGGGCAUGUCAAAACAAAACACGCAGCAAUAAUAAGACAUUUACCAGUCACCUAACUCCUAGUGAGCAUGCAAAGAUUGCUAAGCUAGUAGGAAGACGGUGCACUGUAAAGUGUUCUCUAAAUGAAUUUGAGUCAACAGUAUUAUGGGAUACGGGUGCACAAGUAUCUAUUGUGUCCAAAGAAAUGAUAGAAAAACACUUUCCUAAAAAUGUUAUAAAGAACCUUUCAGAACUUAUUAAUGGUGAAUUGGAUUUAACAGCAGCUAAUGGUACACGAAUUGCGUAUAGUGGUUGGACUGAGAUAGAAGUUAGAUUGAUUUCAUCAAAAGAAAAAGAUCCAUCGGUUAUGGUUCCUUUCUUAGUAACAAACGACAGUUUAGAAUAUCCCAUUCUUGGAUACAAUGUUAUUGAAGAACUAAUCAAGCCGAUGAAUACAUCUGAUAUUCAGUCAGCACAUAUUGCUACAGUACAAGCUAGUUUUCAAGGUUUUGAUGAGAAAGUGUUACUCGAAUUGGUUAGACUGAUACAGACAGCAAGAGCAAAUGAACUAUGCACGAUUAAGAGCCCAAAGAAAGACUUUGUUAUUCCGGCAAAGAAAACAUUUAAAGUUAACUGUCGAGCGAAUACUGGAACGGUAGAAGAAACUACACUUGUUUUGUUUGAACCGGACGAAUUAACGCCCUGGCCAGACGGUUUAUCGGUGCACGAAACGGUAACAACAGUGAAACAAGGCUCAACGUCUCAAGUAAAGAUUGAUGUGACUAAUACAACUAAUCAUGACAUUAAUACAACUAAUCAUGACAUUGCGUAAACACACAGCAUUAGGAAGUCUUCAGUUAAUUAAAUCGAUUACACCUGUAGAAGUGAAGUUGGCAGAAAAGUCAAGCAAAGAGAAAGAACGAACAGUAACAGCCACACAAUCCCAAGUGAAUGCAAUGGCGAAAGAAACUCGAGAAAGAGACAAUACAAAUGAUGACCAGUUUUUACCUGAAGUUGACCUUAGUGGAUUAACAGAACGUCAACGUCAAGUAGUUACUAACAUGUUGAAGGACGAAUGUCACUCUUUUGCAAGAAAUGAUGAGGAUAUCGGUUAUAUCAAAGAUCUAGAACUAGAAAUAAAUUUGACAACAAACGAGCCAGUGCAAAAGAACUAUGUAUCGGUACCAAGACCUCUCUACCCGGAAGUAAAACAGUACAUUGAAGAUUUGUUAAAUAACGAGUUUAUAAGAGAGUCAAAAUCAGCUUAUUCAUCCCCAGUAGUAUGUAUUCGCAAAAAGGAUGGAACUCUGCGACUUUGUGUCGAUUAUAGAGAACUUAACCGUAAGACAGUGCCAGAUAGGCAUCCUAUUCCGCGCGUCCAAGAAACUCUCGAUAGUUUAGGUGGUAACGCUUGGUUUAGUGUAUUGGACCAGGGUAAGGCGUAUCAUCAAGGAUUUGUGAAACCAUCCUGCCGACCGUUAACAGCAUUUGUGACACCCUGGGGGUUAUAUGAAUGGGUAAGAAUUCCAUUCGGUCUUAUGAACGCCCCAGCAAGUUUUCAGAGGUUCAUGGAACAGUGUUUAGGAGAAUUACGUGAUGAAAUUGCCAUUCCUUAUUUGGAUGAUGUGAUCGUAUUUAGUAGAACAUUCGACGAACAUGUCGAACACUUACGAACAGUUUUACGUCGCCUAAGAGAACACGGUGUCAAAUUAAAGCAAAGAAAAUGUAAAUUGUUCAAAGGUGAAGUCACAUUCCUCGGUCGAGUAGUAUCGAAAGAUGGCUACAGAAUGGAUCCCGAGAACAUUAACGUAGUUGCGAGUCUAAAGAACAAUACUCCUCAUACAAUAGGAGAUCUUCGGAAAAUGCUUGGAUUACUCAGUUACUAUCGUCGUUAUGUACCCAAUUUCGCGCGAAAGGCUAAACCAUUAUACGACCUUGUUACACAAGCAGCAACAACAGACCCGUGUCAUGAUCAAGAGAAAGGUAACAAAAACACCAGAAAGAAAGGUCAAGUGAUCAUUCAAAAUCGCGUGGACUGAGAUACAUCAGACUGUGUUAGAGAAACUCAUUGACCAUCUGAUAACACCUCCGGUUAUGGCAUAUCCAGAUUAUCAAAAACCCUACAUCGUGCACACGGAUGCCUCGAAAGACGGUCUAGGUGCUGUCUUAUACCAGGAACAGGAAGAGACAAUGCGAGUCAUUGCCUACGCCUCUCGAAGUCUGACGAAUGCAGAAAAGAACUACCACCUCCACGCAGGAAAAUUAGAAUUUCUGGCACUCAAAUGGGCAAUCACUGACCACUUCCGUGAUUAUUUAUAUUACGCGCCUGAAUUUACGGUUUAUACCGAUAACAAUCCAUUAACAUACGUUUUAACAUCUGCACGACUUAAUGCCACAGGCUUAAGAUGGAUUGGAGAACUGGCCGACUUUAAGUUCAACAUCCGUUAUCGUCCAGGAAAACUCAAUGGAGACGCCGAUGCAUUGUCCAGAAUGCCUAUGAAUAUUGACGAUUAUAUGAAAACAUGCAGUGAAGAUGUUAAUCGCGACGCUUUCCAAGCGACUGUUUGUGGAGCAAAAGUACAGGUCGAACAGUUUCAAACACCUUUGCUCUUUCCUCCUGAGAUUACUCGAGCGGAUGUUAGUUUAAACCAAGCAUCUAUAAAUUUGAAGACAGCACAGAAUGACGACGCAGAUAUUGACCGCGUCAUAACACUUAAAAUAGCGAACACGUAUUUGUCUCCUCAUGAAAGAAAGCAGGAAAGCCACACUGUACAGCAGCUGUUAAGAGAAUGGAAUAAGUUAAAAGUGGGGACCGAUGGAGUUCUGUACCGACUAGCAGGAACAGUCCGUCAAGUUGUACUACCUGGACGUCUACGUCAACAAGUUUAUAAAGAGUUGCAUGAAGAGAUGGGUCAUUUGGGUUCUGAACGCGUCAUUGACUUGGCUCGAGAACGAUUUUUUUGGCCUCACAUGAAACAAGAUAUAACUCACUACGUCACGAAAGUCUGUCAUUGCUUAAAGAGUCGGAAACCCGUAAGAAACCAACGUGAACCAUUACAUCCAAUCGUAACCACCGCACCCUUCCAAAUGGUUUAUAUCGACUACCUUCACCUCGAAACAAGCGUAGGAGGCUAUCAAUACAUCCUGGUUGUUAUGGACCACUUUACGAGGUAUGCUCAAGCUUACGCGACUCGUGACAAAUCAGCCAAGACCGCUGCAGACAAACUCUAUAACGACUUUAUCUUGCGCUAUGGCUUCCCUGAGAGGAUACACCACGACCAAGGUGCUGAGUUCGAGAAUAAACUUUUCUUUAACCUGGAAAAAGUAAGCUGAAUUAAACACUCUCGGACAACCCCUUAUCACCCCUAAGGUAAUGGGCAAGUUGAACGAUUUAAUAGAACGCUCUUGUCAAUGCUUCGGUCCUUGCCAGAAAAAUACAAAAGUCGUUGGCGUGAUCAUCUCCAGAAAGUCGUACAUGCAUUCAAUU